UACUAAUCAUCAAUCUUCUCAAAACGGGGGUGAUGUGUAGUCUCAUGAUGUGUGUUCUGUUUUUGACAGUCUGAUAUAUUUUGCUAUGUGCAUAUGGAUCGAUAUUCCAUUAUAACUGACAAUAUGCUUUUGUCUGUCCAUUAACUAAAUAAACAGUGUAUGACCUUGUUAUCACAUGACAUUACAACCAAUCAUGUUAAGACUGUCUAUCUUUUGGUUCAUGUAUAUUGGUCAUUUUCAUAUAUACUUUUGUAUUGUACACUUUUACACACUUGUUCUCACAUUUCGUACACUACGUACCCUUCCACUCUCACACUUGUGUGACAGUGAUUAUUUUCCUUGUUAGGAAAAUACAAGUAUCAUCGUGAACGAGUUGGUCUUGUGAUUUUCCUCUUUCCGUGUCAGGACUAUUAACCACUCGACGAGUACAUAACAUAUCUGAAAUUUCAAAAGCUGAGCAGCUGUAAAGACACAACUGAGGCAACCGAAUGCCAAAUGGCUAAGACACUAAAAUCACCAGCUGAGAGUAAUCUGAUUCCUAAAGAUACACUCGACGAAUUGAAACCCUCAGGUACGCACACACCAAGACUUUAUGGUUUACCGAAAGUCCAUAAGCCGGGAAUACCACUACUACCCAUCUUAGAUAUGUGCCAAUCCCCUUAUCAUUCUACAGCAAAGUGCUUGGUAAAGGCACUAGAACCGCUACAUCGCGAAUUAGUGAAAUUCAGUGUAAAAGACGUAUUCAGCUUUGUGGAAACUGCCAAAAGCCUGAAUGUAAAGGGAAAGAAAAUGAUGUCACUGGGUGUAGCAUCAUUAUUCACCAACGUUCCACUUCUUGAAACAGUCAACUACAUAUGUGACCAGCUGAUAGAAAGAAACAUAGAUGUAGGAAUCCCAUCCGAAAAAGUCAAAGAAUUAUUAUUGAAAUGCAUUAUGAAUGUUCAGUUUAUGUUCAAUAAUGGUUUUUAUAGACAAGUUAAUGGCGUAGCCAUGGGAUCACCUCUGGGCCCUAUGCUAGCGAUAUUUUCCUGGCAAAGCUUGAAAAUGGUCCACUCAAAGACACGAUUAAAGGGCUUGACUAUUAUUGUCGAUACGUAGAUGAUACCUUUUUCGUUUGUCAUAGUAAUGCCUACUA